AUGACUAUUACAAAUUCUCGAGAAAAUGAAGGCCGACAUCCUCACAAAUUAUCUUCUACAGAUUUUCAAACUGCAAGCUUGGGUGUUGCAGCUAAAGCCAUGAAAAUUGAACUUAAUAAAAUGGUUAAUUUAAUUCAAGAUAUGAAAGCUCAAAAAGCUUUUCAUUGGGAUAAAGUCAAGUCACCUAGUCCAGAACAAAUUAUUUCAUAUAAGGAUUUACCAACAUGUGAACAUACAGAAUAUCUCAAGAAAUUGGCAGUACUUAAACUCAAUGGUGGACUUGGAACAACGAUGGGUUGUGUUGGUCCUAAAAGUGCUAUCGAAGUAAGAGAUAACAUGACGUUUUUAGAUUUAAGUGUUAGACAAAUUGAGUACCUUAAUAGCAAAUAUAAUGUUAAUGUUCCAUUCAUACUUAUGAAUUCUUUUAACACUGAUGAUGAAACUAAACGAAUCAUUCAAAAAUAUGGAAGUCAUAAAAUUAGUAUACUUACAUUUAAUCAAUCAAGAUAUCCUAGAAUAAAUAAUGAAUCGCUGUUACCUAUUCCAAGAUCUCCUAACAGUGAUAUAAGUGAAUGGUAUCCACCAGGUCAUGGAGAUUUAUAUGAAUCGAUGGUUAAUUCAGGGAUAUUGGAUCAAUUGAUCGCAGAAGGAAAAGAGUACAUUUUUGUUUCUAAUGUUGACAAUUUGGGAGCAGUGGCAGAUUUGAAAAUUCUUCAAUAUCUUGUAGAUUCAGAAGUCGAAUUUUUAAUGGAAGUCACUGACAAAACAAAAGCUGAUAUCAAAGGUGGUACACUGAUAGAUUAUGAGGGUAAAGUUAGAUUGUUGGAGGUAGCACAAGUACCAGCUGAACACAUGGAAGAAUUUAAAUCCAUCAAGAAAUUCAGAAUUUUCAAUACAAAUAAUCUAUGGAUUAAUUUGAAAGCAAUCAAGCGUAUCACUGAGGAAAAAGGAUUGGAUUUAGAGGUUAUUAGCAACAAGAAAACUUUGGAUUCUGGUGAAAAGGUCAUACAAUUGGAAACAGCUGUUGGUGCAGCUAUUAAACAUUUUACAAAUGCUCAUGGGAUUAAUGUGCCAAGAAAUCGAUUCUUGCCUGUAAAAUCUACGUCUGAUCUGUUCUUAAUAACAUCUGACAUCUGA